AUGCUAAGCGUCGUGUUCCUCACGCAGCAAGUUGAUCGGAGGAUGGCGACGCCAUCCCUUCUUCUUCCAGCAGUCGAGCGACGCCACCCGACGCUGCCGAAUACCUCUCUGAAGUCACAAGAUGCACGGCCGGACUCUCUCCCUCGCUCAGUCACUCAGCAGAAAAGCAACGCAACGCUGCCUACGAAGGGGCAGUGCCCGGUUCGGAUCGAUUCGCUGGAUGGGACGCAAAGAAUGAACACUGAAUGGCACAGUGGAGGCUGGGCGGUCCGCCAACGUUGCAGCCAACCUCUGGACACACUCUUCUUUGUGCACACUGCGCCGAAAAACUGGAAGAACCGUGUCCACCUGCGUGCCACUCUCUUCGAAGAGGCGGCUACGAGAUUCUUCAACUGGACAGUCGUCUUCUUCGUUGGCAAUACCGAUGACCCCGUAGUGUGGCGCUGGACGAAGCUCGAGGCAGAAGUCAUGGGAGACGUGGUGAUGCUGCCGUACAACGACACGCUCCUGACCGUACUCCAUAAAUUCAUCGGUGGCAUGAGGUGGGUGAUCGACUACUGUCCCAACGUGCGAAGCAUCGUCAAGAUCGACGAUGACGUCGGCGUACACCCGUUCGAGCUCAGGCGAUACCUUGAAGGAAAGCUGCCGCAAAGAAACAACUAUAUGCAUUGCUUCGUUUGGUUGAGGAAUAAGGUUUACCGCGAGUCAUUCCACAGGUUCUGCAUCAGGGAGGAAGACCUCCCGCAAGACAAUUAUCCUCUGUUCUGUUCGGGUCGCUCCGUGAUCCUGACGGUGGACACCAUGCGGAAGCUUUUAAGAGCGUCCAAGAUUAUUGGCGCACCACCUGCAAGCCACACCGACAAAGACCAAAACUGGGAGGAGUUCGAGAAGGAGCAGGCUUACACCGAGCAGGCUGGAACAUCGUCAUAA